CGGUUUUGUUCUUGAAGAUUUUCCACGCCCCUCAAUAUAAUAUAACCAUUUGUUUGUCUGUUCCUGGAAAGUAUAUAGAUACACCCCCCUCCACAGAAUAAUUAAUGGAUGAGCAAUGUCAUCUCUGUCAGUCUUCUUUAUUCUACUACACGCAGAACGACUCUGAGCCAACGCCCCAAGAACGCUAUGAACUAUUUCACCAGCCAUGCUCCUCCACUUGCUCUCUCCCCACCAACCCUCGGGACAAGGAAGCACAAGAUUUGGAUAUAUGUGAUUUCUGCAGCCACAUACGAUUAAGACAUCUCGUAAAUUGCAUCAAACCCAAUAUUCGUUCUAGGUUUUUGUUUCCUCUGCGUAGAGGGUUGCUGGAGGAAGAACGCCAUGGUAGCAAUAAUAAUAUCGUCUCAAGGAAGAGAAAAAGGGAAUGUUCACUGUGUGCUUUCAUGAAACAUAUGGUUGCGGUUGGGCUUAGUUCUACGCGGAUAGCAGAAGUGAAAGGGGCGAGAAACUAUGAUAUUGUCCUCUACCUUGGGCCUCCCCAAAGCGAUGACUCGCAGUCUGGGGUAUCAGGGGUUCCUUCGGCGGAUAUUUACGUCAGUUAUUCCGAUGGAGAUGGAGUGUCGAAUAUUUGGGUUGGCGAUGUUCACAUCGAUGAGAUUAGAGAAGGCGGCUCGCACAUCCCAAGUGUGGGAGAGGUAUUAUUCUGGCCUCGUUUGGAGGACAAAAUAAACGAGUGCUAUAGCACACACAGCGAAUGCCAACAGCAUGUCACCGCUGCGCAAGGCUCCUCGUUACCCAAGGGCUUUCGAGUCAUCGACGUUAUUAGACGAUGCCUUGUUGAACGAAGCGAUAUUCGUCGUUUCGUUGGGCUCAGCUAUGUAUGGGGCGCAAAACCAUCGUCCCUGCUCGCAGCCACAUGUGCAACGGUUGAUGGAAUGAAGAAAGAUGGAGGCCUCCCUUCAUCAACAAUGCCGAGGACCAUUGAAGAUGCAAUCACAGUCUGCCUUCAAAUGGGCCAGAGGUACCUGUGGGUAGACCGGCUUUGCAUAAUCCAGGAUGACGUAGGGGAUAAGGAAGCCCAGAUCGAGGCAAUGGACGAUAUUUUCUCCUCUGCGCAGAUAGUGCUUAUAGCCGCCUACGGCGACAGCAUGGAUUUUGGGAUCCCCGGUGUUAGCCGUGUGAAGAGAAUGGCAGUCCAGCAUAGCAAAGACAUACUUGGUUUGCGAAUUACGAAUAUCGUUCGUGAAGUUGAGGAUGACCCCCUUAACGUGUGGGACACGCGCGGGUGGACAUACCAGGAAGCAGUUCUUUCGAGAAGACGGCUCUAUUUCACAAAUAUGCGGGCAUUCUUCGAAUGUGAACGGUCCAUGAGCCAUGAGGAUAUGUUCAAUGGCGAAAGAAGUCGUGACGAUCUCAUCUCGAGCAGGCUGGUUGUCUCGGACGAUGAGUCCACCUUUCGAUCCUUUGCGCGGCAUCUCAGGCAUUAUUCUUCCCGAAAGCUCACAUUUCGCUCCGACGCAUACAAAGCCUUGUAUGGUAUUUCUAAGUCGUUAUAUAAUAACAAGAAUAUUGAUUCGAUGAGGAUGAGGAUGAUGAUAAAUGGGUUACCUCGAGUUGACUUUGACCGUGCUCUAUUAUGGUAUGCCAACAUUGGUAAAAACCCAAUAACGCGCCUGGAAACUGCUCAGGGCCUGGUUUUACCCACAUGGUCAUGGUCAUCAAUUAUGGGCCUGGCUGAAGAUCAAGUGCACUACCAAGCAACGGGCUUCUAUGGGACUUUAGUGCCGUGGUAUAGUAUAAGCCGCCCUACCUCUGUCCCAGCUGGUUCCGGGUCUGUCAUCGAGGCUUUCAAUGUCUGCCAUGACUCCCAUGGUCCGGAUGACGACUGGCAGGUGUAUAUGGCUAUUGCUUGUAUAGAAGGAUGUUUGGGAGACAAAAGAAACGCGUCCCUGCCUUUCUCCCUAAGGACUGACAACUUUGUAACCGUCCGUGAAAUGUUCAAUAAGCGGUGGAAAUAUUAUCACAACUUCUGUAUUGACGUGAUGCCAUCGACCUUCAAGCUGAGCGAAUUACCACUGCCAGGGGCGAUUACGCAGGGCAUAAAUCCAAAACUCGCGGGAAUAAUAGCAACAAAAGCCCAAGCUGCAAUUUUCAACCUAGAACCGAAGCCUUCAUACUCCUUUAACAUCACCAACUCGUCAGGAGAACGAAUCGGGGAGCUCUGCGGGGAUGCGGAGCAACUUAGAGAAGAACACGUACGAGCGAAAGCGCCCGGAAGUAGCAUAGCACCGAGCACCAAGUUCGAGUUCAUUGCGCUUUCGUUAUCUGGAAUAGGAAUUAUGCCGUAUUCAAGUAAAGAACUUGGACUGAAAAACUAUGUUGACGCUGAUGGCAACGCACUAGACAAGGUUCCUAUUGUGAACGUGCUGAUGAUCGCGUGGGAUGGGAAUAUUGCACGUCGUUGUCAGCUUGGCUGGGUAUUCCUCGUCGACUGGGUGAAGGUGUCGCGGGAGUGGAAGGUAGUUAUGCUUGCAUGAUAGAUAGAUGUAUGUCCAUACAUACAUGCACAUAGGGCAUUGUUUGUUGGAUGCAUCGUAAUAUGAGUGAGCUAUUGCCAAAAAUUAUAGUCAAAUGAAUUGUUUCUAUUGCAAGAGGGUUCUUGGCUCCUUUCUAAGGGUAUACGCUGCGUAGAUUGUGAGGCGAGCGCAGGAAAGGGGGAUGUAUGUAAGGAAACAAAUAGGAUACAAAACGUAUGGACUCCGACAAGGGAAUUCUAAAGAUCCAG